GAUAAUUGACUAGUUACAUCUCUAGUUUGCGCGCGAAACACUUUUAAUAACAAUGGAUGUGGAUUUACUGCCUCUGAGAAAGCGAAUAACAAACACGUUCAAGCUAUGUGGAUUCCUGAUCCGCUCGGAGAACAGUUCCUACCUGGCGGAGCAGCUGCUGCCCUUCGACGCGGCGGAACGGGACAAGUGGCUGACGGUGAUCACCGAGAAUCUCCAGAGCCAAAAGCUUUUGACGCCUCAUGUGGAGCGGGCCGCCCUGGAGAAGGCCAUCAAUGAACUAAACCGUGUGGGAUUGGAUGAAGGGGAGACGGUCUUUGCCCUGAUCGAUGCCUUUACGGUGCCCCGUUUCCGGUAUAACCAGCGGGUCAAGAAAUUCGAACUGGACACACAGCCGCGCCAGUUGCUGACCGCUCCUCGCAUGAAAUCGGACUACAUGCAGCAACGAUAUGCCAUGUUACUACAGAAAACUCUGCGACACGACCUCUUUGCACCCGCCGUCAUCCAGGAUGGCGUUGGAGCCGAGGCCCAGGCUAAGAAAUUUAAGCUGCAGUUCGCCGAGAAUCUGCUGGCCACCUCGGCGAUGAAGGAGGCCGUUGUUUUGGGACUGCUAACCCAACUGAAGGAGGGCAAAUUCUAUGUCGAGGAUCCCACGGGAUGCGUCCAGUUAGAUCUUACUGGAGCCCGUUUCCAUGCCGGCUUCUUCUGCGAGGGCUGCUUUGUUCUAGCGGAGGGCAACUAUAACAACGGUGUGCUCAAGGUCGACGGCCUGGGCUUCCCACCCGCGGAACCGGCAAACAGCAGUCGAGCGUUUUUCGGCACCGCCAACACCUGGGGCGGUGAGUCUGCUAAGCUGCUGAAGUACUCAGCCGGACUACAGGAACUGGAGCGUACCAAUACAGAAACAACCAUUGUUUUCCUUUCCGAUGUUCGGCUGGAUCUGCCAGUUGUCAUGGACAAGCUGCGUCAGUUGUUCGUGGGCUACGAUUCCUGCCCGCCGCAGGCUAUAGUGCUCAUGGGUCCCUUCACGACCAGCACAAGGAAUCAUCAUGAGCUAAGGCAUCACCUGGAUGCUUUGGGUGGCUUGGCAGCUGGCUGCGAGCAACUGAGGAAACAAACGGAUCUGAUUCUCGUUCCCUCUUCGGAAGAUCCCACGGCGCCAAAUAUUCUGCCCCGUGCUCCCAUUCCCGAAUGCCUGGCAGCCGGUCUGCUGAAGGCCUGGCCACGCACCCAGCUGGCCACGAAUCCCUGUCGUCUGCAGUACUGCACUCAGCAGAUCGUUGUCUGCCGUCUGGAUUUAAUGGCCAAGUUUUGCCGAAACACCUUGCAUUUUCCCGAAGACACGUCACAGAUCGAGCAGCAUUUUGCCAGAACGAUUGUGUGCCAGGGUCAUUUGGUGCCCAUACAUCCGAUUGCCAUGCCAGUGCACUGGGACUACGAUCCUGCUCUGUGGUUGUAUCCACUGCCGGAUCUUAUUGUCAUGGGUGAUUCGUGUCAGAGCUUUAGCAGCAGUCAACAUGGGUGCACUGUUCUCAAUACCGGCUCCUUUGUCAAGUCCAAGUUCGCCUUCAAAGUGUAUAUACCAGCGACGCGAACGAUUGAGGACUCGGAGAUACCGGACGAUUUGGAGUAGAUAUGAUAUAGUUAACCUUAACGUAAGUUUGAAUAAUUAUUUAAUUGGA